UUCAUCUCAGGAUCGCGGGAUAUUGCAGGAUUGGCCACCCUAAUGGACCACGAUACAUCGACGAGAUACAGCGCAGGAUCGAAAGACGCUCAACAUGUGGCGACAAUCGACCCAGAUACGGGCGUCAUAACUAAUAUUGACGAGAUUCGGAAUCAAGAGUAUCCCAAUCUCUCACAUACAACCUAUCUCGACCAUGCUGGCACCACGCUAUAUGCUAAGAGCCUUAUCGAGGCGUAUUCCAAAGAACUCACCUGCAAUAUCUUCGGAAACCCCCAUUCCGCAUCAGCCUCGUCUCAAUUAUCGUCGCGUCGAAUUGACGACGUACGUCUGAGCGUCUUACGGUUCUUCAACGCAAGCCCGGACGACUUUGACGUGAUCUUUGUGGCUAAUGCCACGGCUGCAGUCAAGCUUGUGGCCGACGCCUUUCGGGAUGGGAACGAUGGCUUCCAUUACCGAUACCACGCAGAAUCCCACACCAGUAUGGUGGGCGUCAGAGAGUUGGCUUCUCAAAGAAGCCACUGUCUCAGAGACGAUGAUGAAGUUGAACAAUGGCUCGCUAGCCUGGAACAGACAAGCCAGGGCGAUGAUCAAACACCAUUGUUAUUUGGUUAUCCUGCCCAAUCCAACAUGACAGGACGACGACUACCUAUGCGAUGGUUGGAGAAGAUACAGAGACUGCGCAUCUCACAGAAUUCACCCGUUUAUUCUCUUCUCGACGCAGCGGCGCUAGUAUCCACGGCCGCUCUAGAUCUAUCAGAUGGUUCAACGGCUCCUGACUUUACCGCCGUCAGCUUCUACAAAAUCUUUGGCUUCCCCGACGUCGGCGCUCUAAUCGUCCGAAAACGAUCAGGGGAUAUCUUGCUGCAACGAAAAUACUUUGGUGGCGGUACGGUUGACAUGGUGACCAUGAUCGGGGAAACCUGGCACGCAAAGAGGGAAUCAUCCCUGCACACUCGACUCGAGGACGGCACCCUACCGUUCCAUAACAUCGUCGCAUUAGACUUGGCCUUGGGCGUGCACAAAAGACUGUAUGGCGGCAUGGCCAACGUCUCGAGGCACGCCAAGUCUCUCGCAUCAAUGCUCCGGCGUCAUCUGCGCGACCUCCGGCACAGAAACGGCGCACAGGUUUGUGUCUUGUAUUCCGGCGACGAUAUAGCCGAAAAAGGCAAUCAAGGUCCGGUGGUUGCCUUCAAUCUGAAGGACAACAAAGGCGAGAUCGUCAGCACCAACGAGGUCGAAAAACUCGCAAUCGUCCGAAACAUCCAAUUCCGCACAGGCGGACUCUGCAACCCAGGAGGUGUGGCGACUCACCUGGGUCUCUCGGCCGACGAAAUGCGCCAAAACUACGCCGCCGGGCAGCGGUGUGGAGGUGACAACGACAUCAUCAACGGCAAACCCACGGGUGCCAUCCGUGUCAGUUUCGGCGCCAUGAGCAGUCCCGCAGACGUCGCGACGUUUGUCGGUUUCAUCAAGGAGUUUUACGUCGACACCGGGCCCCCCGCCGCCGUCAUCUCACAGCUUCGUCUCCCUGCCACCAACUUACGAUUAGAACGUCCAACGGAGUCAUUCGUGGUCGAAAGCCUAUCAGUGUUCCCGAUCAAGAGUUGCGCGGCGUACAAGAUCCCACCCGACACGCCGUGGAAAGUUGGCGCCCGGGGUCUAGCGUGGGAUCGUGAAUGGUGCCUCGUUCACCAAGGCACCAACGCCGCAUUGAGCCAGAAACGUUUUCCUCGCAUGGCCCUCUUGCGACCCGAGAUCGAUCUCGACAGCCGCGUAUUGAGGGUGUCAUACAUUUCCGACACGGCCUCAUCAAUAUCGUCCUUAUCACCAGCAACAUCUCUCGUUCUGGAACUGAAUCUCGACGAAUCACCGCGCCACCUCACCUCCCUCUCCGCCCCCUGCGACGCCACGGCCGACAAAUCCUCGACCGUGUGCGGCGACCAAGUCGACGUCCGAGUCUACACAAGCCCCCAAGUCUCCGACUUCUUCACCACCGCCCUCGGCGUCCCCUGUACGCUGGCGAGGUUCCCCACCACGGGCACGACGAGGCACGCACAGGUCCGCGUCCCAGGUUCGACCCGCGGCCACCAGGCCACCGAGCCAGGAAGGUCCAUCGCCCUGGCCAACGAGAGUCCAAUCCUUCUGGUCUCGCGGUCCAGUGUGAAUAGACUGAACGAACAGAUCAAACAAAACAACGGCGGCGGCGGCGGUGGUAGUGGCGUCGGCAAAGCCGUGGCUGCCGAUUCGUUCCGAGGAAACAUCGUCGUCGCCGAGCAACUCAUCGGCGGACAGUGCGAGUCCCCCUACGUCGAGGACGGGUGGACUUGUUUGCGAAUCGGACAAGACGCAGACUCUGCGAACAAUAGUAGUACCUUUGAUGUUUUAGGUCCUUGUCAGAGGUGUCAGAUGGUUUGCGUCGAUCAGAAAAGCGCCCAGCGACGACAAGAACCAUUCACCACCCUGGCAAAGACACGGCGGAAGGACGGAAAGGUUUGGUUCGGCAUGCACAUGUGUUUGAAAUCUUUGCCAUCAUCUCCACAGGAUUCGACUCUGAUCACUAUCAAGGUCGGGGAUCCAGUGACACCCCUAUAUGACGUGAGGGACAGUGACGACGGCGUGUAGCACUCUAAUUCUUGUACACC